AUGCCGGAAGCAAGCAGGGCAAUCAAGGUCCCAGGGGACGAGCACUCCAACCAGAGAGGAGAAAUAACGGCCGUCCUGGUGGCCCUCCAGAGCACAGCGCCCUUCGCACACAUCCUGUUCAAAACGGAUUCGAUGUACGUGAUAGAGGGACUAACGAAACACCUGACGAAAUGGGAAGACAUAGGCUGGAUAGAUAUAAAGAAUGCCGACCUCUUCAAGGCAACGGCUUUCCACCUGAGAAGACGAUCAGCGCCGACAGACUUCCUAUGGGUAAAGGGACACUCCGGUGAAGAAGGAAACGAGAAAGCUGACGCACUGGCACGAGACGGAGUGUUGAAACAGUCCGCAGAUGAUAUCGAUCUAAACGUACCCGCGGAAUUCAACCUCCGGGGGGCGCGCCUAAUGUCCAUGUCGCAGUCACUCCUGUACCGGGGGAUUAUGAGCAAACAAGGCCCGAUGGACACGAGGAGGGCGGCCCUCGCCCCACUAGACAUGGCGAGACACGCGAUAGCAGACCUGAGCGGAUCCGUGCUGAGCGACGAGGCGAUAUGGUUAUCGACCAGACGCAAGGACCUACGAACGCCUAUUAGGCAAUUCCUAUUUAGAGCCUUGCACAACUCUCACCGCAUAGGAGGAUUCUGGAGGAACGUCCCAGGGUACAGCGAACGUGAGAAGUGUGCAUACUGCGGAGAAGAGGAAUCGAUGGAACAUAUCAUGAUCGAUUGUGAACGGAGUUAUAGCACGACAGUGUGGAACCUAGUACGGGACGCAUGGCCCGAAGGGAGAGGAAUACUCCCACGGAUAACUCUAGGCUUGAUACUAGGCUGCGGUGCACUACAAAUGAACAUAGAAGACCAGCUAUCAAAACGAGACCGGCCGGCACAGGGCCGAUCACGGCUGCUACGGAUAUUAAUAUCGGAAUCAGCGUAUCUAGUGUGGAUACUGAGGUGCGAACAUACGAUGGGAGGGAAAUCCCACACGCCCCGAGAGGUGCAGCGACGCUGGGCUAACGUCGUCCAAAGACGGCUAGAAACGGACCAAGCUACGGCGUCGAAGAUAAUCCGAACAUCAUCCUACAUAAGGAAGGUACAGGGAACUUGGACGGGGCUGCUUGCCGAAGAACAAGCGCUCCCCGAAAAUUGGGCUAAAAGCCUUGAGGUUUUAGUGGGUAUUAAGCUGCCUGGGAUCCGACGACAGGAAUACCCUAGGUAG